AUGGCGCCCGGGGCGGCCCGGCGAGCGCGGCGCCGGGCGCGGUGCGCGCGCGGGGCCUGGGCGCGGGCCCGCUCGGCCGAGGACUGGUGGUGGGACCGGCUGGCGCCGCGCGGCUCCGAGUGCCACCUGCUGCAGGCGGACAGCAUGCUGCUCGUGCUGCCCGGCCCGGGGCCCCGCGAGGCCGCUGCCCAUCCCAGGGCGCGGCCCAGACCCGAGCCGCAGCCGGCGCCCGCGCCGGGGCCCGACUUGGGCUGGGGGGACCGCAUUCCCCUGGAAAUCCUGGUGCAGGUUUUCGGGCUGCUGGUGGCGGCUGACGGGCCCCUGCCGUUCCUGGGCAGGGCCGCGCGCGUGUGCCGCCGCUGGCACGAGGCCGCCUCGCAUCCUGCGCUCUGGCGCGCGGUGACCCUGGCGCCGCCGCUGGCCGGCCGCCCUGCCAAGAGCGGAGUCAAGGCGGAGAAGAAGCUCCUCGCUUCCCUGGAGUGGCUCAUGCCCAGCCGGUUCUCACAGCUGCAGAGGCUGACCCUCAUCCACUGGAAGUCUCAGGUGCAGCCCGUGCUGAAGCUGGCCUCCGUGUCCCCGCAGCUGGUCGGCGAGCACUGCCCGCGGCUCACCUUCCUCAAGCUUUCAGACUGCCACGGGGUGACUGCUGACGCCCUGGUCGCACUGGCCAGAGCCUGCCACCAGCUCCACAGCCUGGACCUGCAGCACUCCGUGGUGGAGUCCGCGGCUGUGGUGAGCUUUCUGGAGGAGGCAGGACCCCGCAUGCGCAGGCUGUGGCUGACCUACAGCUCCCAGACGACAGCCAUCCUGGGCGCGCUGCUGGGCAGCUGCUGCCCCCAGCUCCAGGUGCUGGAGGUGAGCACGGGCAUCAGCCCCAACAGCACUCCCCUGCAGCUCCCGGUGGAGGCCCUGCAGACAGGCUGCCCCCAGCUGCAGGUGCUCCGGCUGCUGAAUCUCGUGUGGCUGCCCAAGCCCUCUGCGCGGGGGGCGGCCCCCGGGCCCGGCUUCCCUGGCCUGGAGGAGCUCUGCCUGGCCAGCUCCACCUGCAACUUCGUGAGCAACGCGGUCUUGGGCCGCCUGCUCCAUGGCUCCCCCAACCUGCGCCUGCUGGACCUCCGCGGCUGUGCCCGAAUCACGCCUGCGGGCCUGCACGACCUGCCGUGUCAGGAGCUGGAGCAGCUGCACCUGGGCCUGUAUGGCCUGUCAGACCGGCUGACCCUAGCCAAGGAGGGCAGCCCCCUGCUGACCCACAAGUGGUGCCACACCCUGCGGGAGCUGGACUUGAGCGGCCAGGGAUUCAGCGAGAAGGACCUGGAGCAGGCCCUAGCUGCCUUCUCGGGCACCCCUGGGGGCCCACACCCGGCCCUGUGUUCUCUCAACCUCAGGGGCACCCGGGUCACUCCCAGCACAGUCAGCGCUGUCAUCACCAGCUGCCCGGGUCUGCUGUACCUGAACCUGGAGUCCUGCCGCUGCCUCCCCAGGGGCCUGAAGCGGGCCUACCGCGGCCAGGCGGAAGUCCAGUGGUGUCUGGAGCAGCUGCUCACCAGCACCCCGCCCCCCAGCUAGGAACUGCCCCCUUUCCUGUUUUGUUACAAUAAAUGUUUUUUAGGA